CUGUCAGGGCGGCCCUGACUUCUACGGCAGCAGCGUGAGCUAUCUGGGGGUGCCAGCCCACGACCUCCCCGAUUUCGACAUCAGUGCCUACUUCUCCUCUGCAGCUGACUUCAUUCACCGCGGCCUCAGCACACCUGGGGCCAAGGUCCUGGUGCACUGCGUGGUAGGCGUGAGCCGCUCCGCCACUCUGGUCCUGGCCUACCUCAUGCUGCGCCAGCAGAUGUCCCUGCGCCAGGCAGUGAUCACCGUGAGGCAGCACCGAUGGGUCUUCCCGAACCGCGGCUUCCUCCACCAGCUCUGCCAGCUGGACCAGAAGCUGCGGGGUGCAGGCCGGAGCUGAGGGGCCAGAGCUGGUCCUUGCUCCCUGCCACGGGGCUCUGCCUCUUUGCCACCCUGGCACUGGCCCUGCUGGCGCUGCUGGGGGCUCUGGCCCAGGCGGACACCCAGAAGAUGAUCAGAUCCCAGUGUGGGGUCCGGCCGACAGCCUGCUACUCCUUCCGCUUCCUCAGGCUGCCUGCACUUUCUCUCAGCCACUGUCUUCAGCCCCCACAGAAACAGCAGCAAGUGCGCAGAGACAAGCGGCUGGAAGUCAGCAGCACAACGUGCCUGUCAGACAAGACCAGAGCCCGGGCCAGAUCCCCCUGCAGGAUGGAUUCCCUGCAGAAGCAGGACCUCCGGAGACCCAAGAUCCACGGGACAGUCUCCGCAUCGCCCUACCAGCCGCCCACGCUGUCCUCACUGCAGCGCUUGCUGUGGGUCCGUCGGGCCACCGUGCUGAGCCACAUCAACGAGGUCUGGCCCAACCUCUUCCUGGGAGAUGCGUACGCAGCCCGGGACAAGAGCAAGCUGGCCCAGCUGGGCAUCACCCAUGUUGUGAAUGUUGCCGCGGGCAAGUUUCAAGUGGACACAGGUGCCAAGUUCUAUCACGGAAUGCCCUUGGAAUACUAUGGCAUCGAGGCUGAUGACAACCCCUUCUUUGACCUCAGUGUCCACUUCCUGCCUGUUGCCCGAUACAUCCGAACAGCCCUCAGUGUUCCCCAAGGCCGCGUGCUGGUACACUGCGCCAUGGGUGUGAGCCGCUCUGCCACUGUCGUCCUGGCCUUCCUCAUGAUCUACGAGAACAUGACACUGGUGCAGGCCAUCCAGACGGUGCAGACCCACCGUGAUAUCUGCCCCAACUCGGGCUUCCUCCGGCAGCUCCAGGUUCUGGACAACCGACUGGGGCGGGAGACGGGGCGACUCUGACCUGGUGGACAGCCAGGAGCCCUGACCCUCUGGUUAGCGUGGCCCCACCCACCAGCCUGGCCCUGGGGACAGCAGCCUCUGCUGUUUCCAGUGACCUUGAGAUGAACAUAGCAAGUGGGGCUUAGCGGAGGCAGAGGCAGGGAGAGCUGGUUGGUGCCCUUUUAGCAGGUGGAUUUCCCUGACCCAGUCCAGAGAUUCUUUAUGCAAAAGAGUUCAGUCUCUCUCUAUAAUAAAAGGUUCAUCAUAAUAAAGAGACCUUCUGGUGGUUUGUGGGACGGUGGCUCAUUCCAGGGAUGGCCACGCUAUUCCAGAAGGCUUGCCGGCUCUGGUUCAGUGUGCUGGCAGCCUAGAGACGGGGUCUGAGUCCCUGUCAAGGCUUCAUGAAGGAGGCCAGGUGAGGAUCCGUUAGUGAUGCCGACCUCGGGUGCAAGAGGAAGGAGUGGAGCACAGGUGCUGAGAAUUAGCUGACCUUUCUUCAUCUUGUCCUCCUCCUACCAUCACCAAGAGCGAGGUUGUCUGAGUAAAGACCAAAGUUCGAGGCAUCACUGUCUUCACUAUGAGGCCCUGGCCAGUGUGGCUCAGUUGGUUGGCGCGUCAUCCUGUGUACUGGAAGGUCAUGGGUGCGAUCACCAGUCAGGUGUAUGGGUGGGGGCAGCUGAACAAUGUGUCUCUCUUGCUUGAUGCUUCUCUCUCUUCCUCCCUCUCUAAAUAUAAAAAAUAAAAACAAACAAAAUACCCCCUCCACGACUCACUGUGUGCAAAUAGCACCUCUUGAAUCCUGUCAAUCUUUCCAUUUACACUCUACUUUCAAAAUCACAAUACCUGGAAAACUGAGGCAUUAAACAGGAGGACAGGGGUUGAGGAGGAGAUACCCCAAAAACCCUAGG